AUAAGCCAUCACUUUACUGACAUUACUGAAGUAUAAAUAAAAUUGCAUUUGAGAAAUUUACAGUGAUUUAGUUUUCGUAAAAUUUAAAGUACUUUGUGUUCUCCAGUUGCAAAUAGUAGCAAUGGCUUCUUGCACUAUAUGUGCUAGCUCAGACAAAAAGAAUGUAAAAUUUCGUAAAGAGAGGGAUACGUUUGGUGAGUUAGAUGUGCCAGAUGAUAAGCUGUAUGGCUCCCAAACCGUCAGGUCUAUCAUGAACUUCCCGAUUGGAGGCCUCGAGGAAAGGAUGCCGUAUCCCAUCAUUGUAGCUUUCGGCAUUCUGAAAAAAGCUGCCGCCAAAGUCAACAUUGAGUAUGGCCUUGACAAAGGAAUCGCGGAGGCCAUUAUGCAGGCAUCGGAAGACGUGAUCUCUGGCAAGCUAUACAAAGAGGGACAUUUCCCAUUGGUCAUUUGGCAGACAGGGUCUGGUACUCAGUCGAACAUGAACACGAAUGAGGUAAUAGCGAAUCGCGCCAUUCAAAUCCUGGGAGGUCAGCUAGGCAGCAAGACUCCAGUACAUCCCAAUGACCACGUGAACAAGUCCCAGAGCUCCAACGACACGUUCCCGACAGCCAUGCACAUUGCCGUCGCCAUGGAGAUGAGGGACAGGCUGAUGCCUGGACUUGUGGCUCUCAGGGACACGAUACAAGCUAAAUCCAAGGAGUUCGAGAACAUUAUCAAAAUUGGCAGGACCCACUUGAUGGACGCCGUGCCACUGACCCUCGGCCAAGAGUUCAGCGGGUAUGCCACGCAACUGUCGUACGCGAUCGACCGCAUAUGUGCCACACUACCGCGCCUGCACUACCUGGCGCUGGGCGGCACUGCCGUCGGCACCGGCCUCAACACACGCAUCGGGUUCGCUGAGAAAUGCGCCGCUGAGAUAGCCAGACUCACAGGAAUUCCCUUCGAGACUGCACCUAAUAAAUUCGAAGCACUGGCUUGCCACGACGCGAUGGUGGAAGUGUCCGGAGCCCUCAACGUGGUAGCCUGCUCACUGAUGAAGAUAGUCAACGACAUCCAACUGCUGGCUUCAGGUCCGCGCUGUGGUUUAGGAGAACUGAUGCUGCCUGAAAACGAACCGGGGUCCUCUAUCAUGCCCGGCAAAGUGAACCCGACACAGUGCGAGUCGUUGCUGAUGAUAUCGACGCAGGUGAUCGGCAACCACGUGGCGUGCACCAUCGGCGGUACCAACGGCUACUUCGAGCUGAACGUCUACAAGCCUCUGAUAGUGUCCAACGUACUGCGGUCCAUACGGCUGUUAGGUGACGGGUGUCAAGCGUUCACCAAAAAUUGUGCAGUGGGCAUCAAAGCCAACGAAGAGAAAAUCGGCAAGAUCAUGCAUGAGUCCCUUAUGCUUGUCACUGCUCUCAACCCCCAUAUCGGUUACGACAAGGCUGCACAAAUAGCGAAGACAGCCCAUAAGGAGGGCGGAAACCUGAAAGAUACGGCGAUCAAGCUAGGAAUUCUAACGGCUGAACAAUUUGAUCAGUGGGUGCGUCCAGAGGAAAUGCUUGGGCCUAAGUAAACCAAGACAUAUUGUAAUCACGCACAAAACAGAAAAUAAAUAAAGCUUUUUUUCAUAUAAUUAAUUAUAUAAUAUAUUUCAAAGCAAAUGUGAAAUCUUCACAAGAUGCUUGGAUUCCAGAUAAAAUAAUAACUUGAUACUAUGAGCGGUGUCUGAAAUGAAUAAUCCAAUUUGAUCCAAGAUAAUAAAACUCUUGAAACAUACUUGAAUCCCAAA